GGGAGGCGGUGUCAGAAGUAGUUGCUCGCUGCUGUUAAAAUCCGUGGUGGUUGUCGUUUCGAUUUCAUCUGAAAAGUGGAUGGGUGUUUCUUAAAAUAAUUGUGAUAAAAAAAUGAUAAUUGUUGUUAUUAGUAUUAACAUAAAUAUUAUGAAGCGUUAUUUUUGGCACAAGUCUGACUUUCACUUUUAUUUCGGACUGCGCUAUUUUUCCACAUGAAUUCUGUAUUAAUUCCAGUGGGAAUGUAAAGAGAAUGAAGACCUGUGUUUUUCCCGCAGUGUGUCUAUUCCUCCUCUAUGCUGUUUCCAGUGUCUGUGCAGAAGUAGUGUCUGUGGAGGGAGAUCCAGUCACUUUAAGCACUGAUGUGACAUUAAUACCUCAACAAGGAAUAAAAUGGUAUUUCAAUGAUACUCUCAUCGCUCAAAUAACUGGAGGGCAGAGUUCUGUCUGUACAGAUGCUGAGUGUCUUGAGAGAUUCAGAGGCAGACUGACACUAGACAACCAGACUGGAUCUCUGACCAUCACAAACACCAGAACCACUGACUCUGGACUUUAUAGACUAGUCCUCUUUAGCAGCACAGACAAGAUCUUCAGCGUUACAGUCACUGGAACAUCUGAUGCAGAUGGAGACGUGUCUGUGAUGGAGGGAGAUUCAGUAACUCUACACACUGGUGUUAAAAUAAACCAAAGUUACAGAAUUAGAUGGUUUUAUGAUAACACUCGCAUCGCUCAGAUAGCUGGAGGUAAGAGUUCUGUCUGUACAGGUGAGUGUCCUGAGAGAUUCAGAGACAGACUGACACUAGACAACCAGACUGGAUCUCUGACCUUCACAAACAUCAACAUCACACAUGCUGGACAAUAUAAGUUACAAAUCAUCAUCAGCAGCAGCAGCAGCGGCAGCGUCAUUAAUAAGAUCUUCAGUGUUACUGUCUAUGGUGUUUCUGCUGUUAAACAAGGUCAAAUGAAGAGAAAGUCAGUGAAGGAGGGAGAAUCUGUCACUUUAGAUCCUGGUCUAGGGAGAAAAGGAGAUGAUUUGAUGACGUGGUAUUUUAAAGACAUUCUCCUCAUUGAAACCACUGGAGAUCAGAGUCAGAUCUGUUCAGAUGAUGAGUGUAAAGAGAGAUUCAGAGACAGACUGGAGCUGGAUCAUCAGACUGGAUCUCUGACCAUCAUGAACAUCAAGACUACAGACUCUGGAGAAUAUCUACUGAAGAUCAGCAGAUUCAGCAGUCGUCGUCUCAGCAUCACCAGUGAGAAAAUAUUCAAUGUUUCCGUCACUGACUCAGGUUUAUCUUCAGGUGCUGUAGCAGGAAUAGUUGUUUCUGUUCUGCUUGUUGUUGUUGCUGCUGUUGUUAGUCUGAGAUUCAAUCAGGAUCUGUGAACCAGUAGACCAGAAUGAUAUCCUCUAGAAGAACUCUAUUCAGACAGAUCUGUGAAGAAAUCCUCAACGAUUUAAAAGAACCAUCAACUGCUGGUGACACGAGGAACAAUAAUAAUGUUAUUUUAGUUUGUUAGUUUACUAGUUGUUUUAUUUAGUUGUAGUUUACUUGAAAUGUAAUUGUUCUCAAGUUGUGUAUGAAGGAAAACGUGGCUCUUGGCGUCAUAUCCUGUCAGUAUUCACAGCUUCACACGACUAAUAGCUACAUACUUAAACUGCUCCUGCUUACAAAAUCAAAAUUUAAAAUACAAAAAUGAUUGAUCAUAAUCCCAACAUCCAGUAUGGCAGCAAAACAUUUCAUCUACCUUGAGGGAAGACCUCUUUCAUUGUAGACUGUUAAAUUUAAAAAUACUUCUAGCAUAGGCUAUUCUUAAACUUAAAUCUCAUAUAUAAUUUAUAAUUUAUUAUAAUUGUAGAAUUUAUUUGACUAUUUUGAUGUCACAUGCCUAGUUUCCACAAGCGGUUACAUUUAAUACCCCGCAUUUCUAAUCUGUCGACACAUUUUGCUUCGUUUGACUUUAGAUUAGAUUAGAUUCAACUUUAUUGUCAUUACACACGUACAAGUACAAGGCAACGAAAUGCAGUUUAGGUCUAACCAGGAGUGCAAUAAGCAGCAAGUGCAGGAUAUAGGUACAAAUAUCAAUUACAAGUGCACAUAUGUACAGGAGAUAAAUAUGUGAUAAAUAUGCAUAAAUUAAAUUACAGAUGAAUGUGUUAAUGAAGGAGAAAUUAUAAAAUUAUAAAAUACAGUUAGCAUGUGUAAACAAUUUACAGAUGGUUAUGUACAAACAGGAUAUGCAGGAUAUGUGUAGACAAAUUUACAAGAGUAUGUACAAUGGAUAUGUGCAUACAUGUUAAGCGGAUAAAUCCUAUACGGAUAUUUCACAUGUCAAAAAAAAAAAAAAAUUUUUGGAAACACCUUUUAAAGGAUAGUCUUUCUUCAGCAGUACAGUGCUAUUAAAACACUAUGUGCCUUGGUUUGGUUUUUAAACAUGCAUUACUUGCUCAUGCUUGUUUAACGAAGCCUUUUUCUCAGUUUUGAAAUCGUAAAUAACUAUAAAUAACUAUAUAGCAUAUAUAACACGUUACUAAAGUGGGAAACCUUUGUCCAGUAUUAACAGUGGUGUAACACUACAUUACAAUCUUUUUUUUUUUUUUUUUUGAUGAUUUUAUUGUACAGUAUUUCUUUGAUGUGGAUAAAAAUAAAUGAAUUUUUUUAUAUUAUCUGCUAACUACUUAAAGAAAGUAAUACAGAGCAACAGCAUUUCAAACAUUGCGAGUGUGUGCGCCAAAAAGGUCAUAUUUUUUGCUUGUUUGCAUUUUUGAGACCUUUUUUUUGUCACUAAAAGGGAUACGGGAGCUACCUAUUUGCAUAUUAGCUGUGUUAGACUGACAUUCCUAAGCUGUGUUGAAGGGAUCAGCAUUUAUGAUGUUUUGGUAAGAAAUGUUAAAUUCUUAAAACAUGAUACCUUUUUAAAAUGUGAUGUUUUUGUUGUUGUUGUUUUUUUGUUUUUUUUUAUCCCCGCAAAAGUAAAAAUAAAAUAAAUUGUGACACGA